GUGUGUGUGUGCGUGUGGGGGCGGGGCUUUGCUGUGAUGUAAACACAACUUUAACUUGCGUUUAAUCAGCCGCAGCACAUUAAAUGGCAGAAAAACCGAGCUGGUGUCCCUCCGCGGUGCUCCGGCUGCUCGUGGUGAUUCACGGAGUUUCCUGGCGGUCUACUUGUUGCUAAAGUAACCGCUAACUGCUGCUAACUGUAGCCGUUUGCUAGCUGCUAGCUAGUCGUGCAGCGAGUUGUUGUGUUAGCCCACCCCGCCCGGGAGUUCCGACCCCCGGGGUGCUGCUGGUGUUUACGCCGACACCAAAAGAGCACCGGACCGCCGGGAGGGGGUGUUCAGUCCCGGGUUCGGGGGACGUGGGGGGCUUGGUCCAGCUGGGAAUGCUGGCGGCGAGCGGAGCCGGAAUGGGUACCAGAACUGGAGCUGGGCGUGCGGGUAACGGAGCCAGGCUCAGCUCCCUCGCCAUGAACACGGCGGCACCGGGACCGGACACAGACACCGACGGAGGCCAGUUUGACGACAGAGACUACAGCACCGAGCUGGUUUACAGCGGCUCCGAUCAGGACUCUGACUCCGGGGACGAUGAAGACACAGCGGGUUCCGGCGGGGAUAGGAGAGGCGUGAAGCGGGAGAGGAGCGAGAGGGAGGUGGGGCAUCAGUCCGCGGCCUCCUCCGGAGGGCUGAGCGGGGGUCACGGCGGGGUCAGCCCCGGGGUCCCAGGAGCCAAACCCGGCAAGAAAACCAGAGGAAGAGUGAAGAUCAAGAUGGAGUUCAUCGACAACAAGCUGCGGAGGUACACGACGUUCAGCAAGAGGAAGACCGGCAUCAUGAAGAAGGCGUACGAGCUGUCUACGCUGACCGGUACUCAGGUGCUGCUGCUGGUCGCCAGUGAGACGGGUCAUGUGUACACGUUUGCCACCAGGAAGCUGCAGCCCAUGAUCACGUCAGAGACGGGCAAAGCUCUGAUCCAGACCUGCCUCAAUUCUCCGGACUCGCCGCCUCGCUCAGACCCUUCCUCCGAUCAGAGGAUGAGCGCCACAGGCUUUGAGGAGACUGACCUCACCUACCAGGUGUCUGAUGCUGACGGCUGCCCCGAGGUCGCCAAGGAUCUUGUCAAACCAGCAUUCACCAUCUCCAACCUGCCUGGCACCACACAGUCCACCCCGUCCUCCUCCUCCACGUCAGUGUCCAUGCAGGUGCAGACGAGCACCCCCUCCUGGCAGCCCUCCUCCACCAAUGGGACAGUGUUGAAGACAUCAGCUGGUGUUGUACUUCCUGGUAGCUUCACCUUGAUGUCAGGUGCCUCACUGCCCCCAGGGACACAUACCAUCCCCCUCAGCCAGCUGCAGGGCCAGCCUCUGGCCAUCCAGGGCUCCGUGGCCUCCAGCCCCACCUCCACGCUGCACGCUCCGCCCACACAGCCAACCACGCUGCUCCGCCUCCCUGCCACUGUGUCACUGUCAGGAGGCGGAGUCCCUCAGCAGCUGCAGACCUUCCAGGUGCAGACCAGCAGUCAUCAGACUUCCACCAGUCAGAGCUGCUCAGAUGUACACAACCCAGCCUCCUCUGCAGCCAGUCUUCCUGCCUCCGUCAGCUCUUCCUCCUCCUCGGUGGCCGGUCACAUGAUGUACCCAGGAGGUCACACGGUGAUGUAUGCCACUCCAACACCCUCACUCAGCGACGGUAGCCUCACUGUCCUGAACACCUUCCCCCCGACAGGCCACACUCAGUCACAUGAACCAGGUUCUCUCCCGCAGGUCUUCCUCACAUCUCUUCCUCCAGUCACUGCACAGAUUCCGGUUUCUGCAGUCCAGCUCCACCCGAUGGUCAUCAGUCAGCAGAGCAGCAGCAGCAACCUGACGGAGCUGCAGGUCGUCAGUCUGGAUGUCCACCAAUCAAAAGACGACUGACUGUCCCGCACACACACAGCUGGAUCUUCUCUGAACGUCAUCAAAGGCCUGAUCCCAACAUGUACAGCUGAAACCACAAGUCUACAUACACCAUAUGAAAGACACAAGCUUUUUUUUCCACACUGUCUGACAUUCAAUCAGACUAAACGUUUCCUGUUUUGGGUCAGUCAGGAUUACCAAAAUUAUUCAUAUCUGCUUAGUGCCUGAAAAACAAGGUAGAGAAUUUUUAAGACAGUGUUUUAUUACUUUCCUCAAAAUAAGGGUGAGGGUUUUUUACUAAGAUUACUAUGCCCUUAAACAAUUUGGGAUAGCCAAGAUGAUGAUGUGAUGGCUUUGGAAGCGCCUGAGUUAAUUACAGGCUCACCUAUGAAUGUAUUUUAAGGCACACCUCAGGCACACUGCUUCCUUGUGUGACAUCAUGGGAAAAAGAAAUCAGCCAAGAUGUCAGGAAGAGAAUUGUGGACUUUCACUAACCUGGUUCAUUGUUGGGUACAAUUUGCAGAUGCCUGAAAGUGCCAUGUUCAUCUGUUCAAACAAUCACACAAAAGUAUAAACACCAUGGGCAUGUCCAGCCAUCAUAUCGCUCAGGAAGGAGAUGGGUUCUGUUCCCAGAAAUGAACGUGAGCAAAAGACCUUGUGAAGAUGCUGGCUGAAGCUGGUAAGACAGAGUGCUGUAUCCACAUGGGCUGAAAGGCCACUCAGCGAAGAAGAAGCCAUUACUCUAAAAACAGUUUGCAAAUGCACAUAGGGACGGAGACCGGUCCUGCGGUCUGACGAAACUAAAAUUGAACUGUUGCUUGCAAGCCUGAGAACAUUAUCCCAACUGUGAAGUACGAGGGUGGCAGCAUCAUAUUGUGAUUGAGUUCUGCUGCAGGAGGGACUGGUGCAAUUCGCAAAAUAGAUGUCAUCACGAGGAAAGAACAUUAUGUAGAAAUAUUGAAGCAACAUCUCAAGACUUAAGCCAGGAAGUUAAAGCUUGGGUGCAAAUGGGUCUUCCAAAUGGACAGUGAUACUAAACAUCCCGCCAAAUUAGUUACAAAGUCAUUUUUUUGGAUCUCAGUCCAAUAGAAAAUAUGUGGGCAGAGCUAAGAAGGUUUGAGCGAGCGAGGCGGCCUGCAAACCUGACUCAGGUACACCAGUUCUGUCAGGACCAGCAAGCCAAAGUUCCAGCAGACUACUGUGAGAAGCUUGUGGAAGGUUUGACCCGAGUCAUACAGUUUAAAGGUCACGCUACCAGAUCCUCAUGAAAUGUAUGUCCUAACUGACUGAUGGAUGUCAGACAGUAAGGAAAAAAGCUUGUGUGUCUUUUAUACAGUGUAUGUAAAGUUGGUGUCAGCUGUACAUCGCGCACACACACACACACACACACACACUUCUGGGGAUCAGUUCUGUCCCACUGUCCCAUCGCUCUCUGGAGGACAUUCCUUUUAAUGGACACCUUCUGUCAGGCUACACCUCUGCCUGAGGGAAUACUCACAGUUCAUAGCGUUGUAAUAGGGUUACCAUGGGUUACAGAGAUGAUCCAGAUGCUUACACAAUUCUUUAUGCAAAGUUUUUUUAUUGACAAGUGUUCAUUUUCUAAGUCACAUCCAAAUGUGACAUUUUCUACAGAACUGAUUGUGGACUGAAGUCACUCCGUUUAUUCAAGAAUAAAACAGUUUGAAUCUUUGUAACUCUGA